UACCUUAUGGAGGCCCAGGGUCCUAGCCGGGUGUCAAUCAGAUUAUUUCUCACCACACAGCCACGAAAAGAUGAGCUCCGCUACUGAUCAACGUUUGGAACAUCUGUUGACUGCCGUUGAGAACGAAUUUCAGAAGGGCAGUGAGAAAGGGGAUGUUACGGAAAGGGAUAUCAAACUCAGUUUGGAUGAUUGUGAACUCUGGACAAAGUUUAAAGAGCUCACCAAUGAGAUGAUCGUCACGAAAACGGGGAGACGGAUGUUCCCAGUGCUACGGGUGAAUAUUGCUGGAUUGGACCCUAAUGCCAUGUACUCUGUACUUUUGGACUUCGUGGCUGCAGACAAUAAUCGUUGGAAGUACGUAAAUGGGGAAUGGGUUGCAGGCGGUAAACCCGAACCACAGAGUCCCAGUUGCGUCUACAUUCACCCGGACUCACCCAAUUUUGGAGCGCACUGGAUGAAGGCCCCGGUCUCUUUCAGUAAAGUGAAACUCUCCAAUAAAUUGAAUGGCGGUGGACAGAUAAUGCUGAACUCUCUGCACAAAUAUGAGCCCCGUAUUCACAUCGUGAAAGUCGGUGGUGUUCAAAAAAUGAUAAGCAGUCAGUCCUUCCCAGAGACGCAAUUUAUUGCUGUCACUGCAUACCAAAAUGAAGAGAUCACAGCGCUGAAGAUAAAACACAACCCAUUUGCCAAAGCAUUCCUAGACGCCAAAGAAAGGAGUGAUCAUAAAGACAUAGUCGAUCAUCCUACUGGAACUCAGCAAUCUGGUUAUGCUCAGAUUGGCAGCUGGUUUCUGCCCAACAGUACUUCCAUGUGCACAAGCACUAACCCAUCCCAGUUCAGUGGGGGCCACAGCCUGUCGUCAGGCUCCUACUGUGAGAGAUACUCUUCUCUGAGGGGUCAUAGGUCCUCCCCAUACCCGAUACAUUACCCUCACCGCAGCCCCAAUGCCAACGCCUAUAUGGACAACACCUCAGCCGGGCUAGCAGGCUCCGAGAGCUGGUCUUCCUUACAGAUCCCUAGCCCCAGUAGCAUGGGCUCUCUGCCACACACAUCUAAUGGCACCACCAGUCCCAGUCAGUACCCUGGCCUGUGGUCGGUGACGGGGGCCCCUCUGACCUCGGCCAGCCCUCCAUCGGGCUCCUUGACCGGGGGCCUGACGUCCCAGUUCCUGCGCAGCUCCCCUGUCUCCUACACCAGCCUGAGCUCUUCCUCUAUGACCCCUUCCUCUUCCUCGCCCAUGUACGACACAGGGCUCGGCGAGGUGGGUGGAGGCGGCGAGGCUCAGUUUGAGAGCUCCAUCGCCCGCCUCACGGCCUCGUGGACAACGCCGGUGGCCCAGAGUUACUGA